AUUUUUCCUUACAUUUCCACUACCGAAUCAAUGAUAAAAUACAUAAUUUAAUAACUUGUACUUAAUCGUUAAUUUGUUUAUUAGUUUAAGUUGUUGUUUUGACCGAUAGAUGGUAUUUGAUUUUGAUCGACGGAAUAUUACGACUUCCCCAAUAUCAUGAUGUUGUCAAGGCGACUGGCACACGUGUUAUUUGACGGAUUCGGUAAGAAUUUGUGCAAAUUAUCAGUUGACGGGUUUCCUUCGUUGGUUUCAGUUGUUUCCGGUGUUUUUAACUCGUACUCGACCAUGCCGUAUUCCGUUAUUGAAAGAGGCUCUCAAUACGCCGCUGAUUACAGAGUUUACAUACAAGAUGAAAAUGGACCAAUUUCUCCCCUUCAUGACAUUCCCUUGGUGGUCGAUGCAGACAAAAAAGUAUUCAAUAUGGUUGUUGAAGUUCCUAGAUGGACCAAUGCGAAAAUGGAAAUCACUAUGAAAGAAAUAUUGAACCCCAUCAAGCAAGAUGUAAAGAAGGAUAAACCACGAUUUGUCGCCAACUGUUUUCCUCAUCACGGUUAUAUUUGGAAUUACGGAGCCCUACCACAAACUUGGGAGAACCCGGAACAUUUGGACGAUGGCACUGGUUGCAAAGGUGAUAACGAUCCAAUUGAUGUCAUCGAAAUUGGGUACAGAGUUGCAAAGCGAGGGGAAAUUUUGCAGGUUAAGAUCUUAGGAACCAUAGCUUUGAUUGAUGAAGGUGAAACUGAUUGGAAAUUAAUCGCCAUUGACGUGAAUGACCCUUCUGCGGAUCAAAUUAACGAUGUGGCCGAUGUCGAGAAACACUUCCCAGGCCUGUUGAAAGCGUCAGUAGAAUGGUUUAAAAUUUACAAAAUUCCCGAUGGAAAACCAGAGAAUCAGUUUGCAUUUAAUGGAGAAGCAAAGCCCGCUUCUUUUGCUCAUAAAAUUAUUGAAGAGGUCCAUGGUUUCUGGAAAGCCCUAGUUAGUAAAGAAGUAGAUGCACACGGCAUUUCAUGCGUGAACACUACUCUAGACGGCAAUUCAUUCAAAAUUUCAACUGCCGAAGCAAAGGAUGUCGUUAACAAAUCACCAGAAAGCGCACCUCCUCAACCUUUGGAACCAAUUGUUGAUAAGAUAUAUUUUAUGGCUCAAGGGCCAGGAAAACACGCUACUUGCCGGUGCAGGCUUUAGGGAACCCUGUUGACAAGUGGCACUACGUCCAUUUAAAGUAAGUUAUUGCAGAUACUAGACGAAUUGUUACCAUUUAAGCACUCGGCAUUUAGAAGAUCCUAUAAUAUAGUAUAUGCAACUAUUUAAAAAUAUCUUAUUUAAUAUUUAUCAAUAAAGAAUCUGGUCACAUUGUA